GAAAUAAUUACCUGUCUGGACUGUAUCACUAAACACAAACAGACAUUACACUCCAUAUUAAUCUGAAUGCAUGCAGGACGUCGUCAUGUCGGCGAACUAUUUUGUGGAUUCACUGAUAAGCAAUGAACCUCCAGAGGUUCUCAAGGCCAGCGCUCAUUUCACAGACAUGUGUUCAUCGCCAUUUUUAUCAGCAGACUGUUCACACCUUUCUCCGCGCGGUUUCGCUUCCAAAAACGCAGUCUUCACGUCGGCGUGGGAUCCUGGAUAUUCACAGAAACCCGUCUUUUAUGCCAAACAUCCGGGAAUUGGCGCAGACUCGAGAUUUUUACAGCCGUGGAUUGAACCUGCAGUGAGCGGUAGAAAUUACGACCUGAAGCUUGACGACUUCUCAGACACGAGACAUAAAGAAAAUUCUGCUUAUUUCUAUAAUCCAUCGACUCCUACAAAGAUCCAGCAGAUCAACACUUCUCCACUCAGCUCUGGACAGACUAAAGAAGACAAACCCGAGUUAGAUCCCAAUAAUCCUGCGGUCAGUUGGAUAAGUGCAAAGUCGACCAGAAAGAAGCGCUGUCCUUACACGAAAUAUCAGAUUUUAGAGCUGGAAAAGGAAUUUUUGUUCAACAUGUACCUGACCCGGGACCGUCGGUACGAAGUGGCACGCGACCUCAAACUGACCGAGCGGCAGGUCAAAAUCUGGUUUCAGAAUCGACGCAUGAAAAUGAAGAAAAUGAGCACGGAUAUGACUCAAGGCAACAAGUAACGACAAAAUUAUCUCGCUUUUUUGGACUAAACUAAUUGGAUGGUAUGUUUUCUAGAAAAAAAACUUUUUGUUGUCAUAAAUAUGAUGUUAUCUAAAAUAGUAAGUGUAACUAUUACUAUUUACACUUAGUAAGUGUAUUAACUUUAAAAGUGAAAACAUUUGAGGUCGAGUCAAAUGAAACUGAUCCUGAAUUAGAUUUUACAUUUUAACGAUUUAAACCUGACGUUGUUUUUGUUGUUGUUGUUAAAAAAAUUGUCUUAGCAGUAUUUUUCUACUUAAAUUUGUCUUUUUUUGUGUAUAGUUACAACAUGUUCCUGAAGGAGUGUCGGUGUUAGUAUAUAACCUUUUAAAAGUAUUUCCUAUAUCUGUAAUAAGUAUACCAUUCUGCUGAUGACGAAAGCAAAUGGAGAAAAAGUGCUGGACGGACUGAAGCCCUGCGGCCUUUUUAUUAAACACAGCUGGGAUUCUGAUUUAAAUCUUUUCUUCUUCCUCUUCUUUUUAAGUCCUCUUUAUAAUAAAUCUUUCCGAAGUAAAAUAUAAGGUGAAGUUCGUGU